AUGGAGUCCUUGUUCUCCGCUUUCGUCGGCAAGGCCGCCGUGGUAGACACGGUCCCGCACGAGGCUGCGGCGCAUGACUUGGAGACGGUCCUCCUCAUGGGUUUCAGCGGCCACUACGUGCGCAUCGGCGCCGAGCCGCACUACCUCGGGAGCAUGAGGCUGAUCACCUCUGGCUGCAUGAAGGUUGUGUGCGCUGCAGCAGACGACCUGCUGAAGGCGGCGGACGUGCGCGAUGGGCUGGUUGGCAAAAACACGUUGGCGCAUGCGAAGUCUAUCCUGAGUUCCCUGGCCAAGAAGGAGGACGCGUCGGGGCUGACCGAGCACGGUGCCCAGUUCUACCACGCCGUUGUGCAGGCGGGGCAGAUGCUCUUCGUGCCGCCGGGCUACGUCACGGCGUUUGCCGUCAUGAACGGCGACCCUUGCGGCUUGUGCCGCAAGUUCCUCUUGCCGAAGCGUGGCAGCGAAGAUCGUUUGGCCUUUCUGAGUGCGAGGGCCCCUGAAGAGGUGGCUGAAUGUCUAAAUCUUCUGAGGCAGGCGGUGUCUGCUAAGAGGCUCUGCGCUUAG